CACCACAAGCUGUCAAGUGAAAGUUUUUUUUUCAAAAUUUCUUAUUAUUCUUAUGAUAAUUUUGAUUUUAUCUUCUUAUCUGCUUCUUAACUUUUAGGCCUAUUAUGUAAAUAUCUUUGACAGUCUUUGAAAUCGUAGAUAAGGCAUGAGAUACAAAUAUUUACCUAUAACAAUAAGAAGUAGUAAAACCCUUAUUAAGAACGUCUCAAGCAACUAUAAACCCCCAGUGAAGCAUUUCUUCUUUGAAAUUAUUAGCAAUGGAAAACGGUACAGUGAGAUUUGUUCCUAAAGGCGAUUCAAAAGUUGACCCAGUAAAUUUUGAAAAAUUUAAAGUGCAAAUUCAAAAAAUCGACGGGUCGGUCAUAAAGGAGACCAACAAUGAAUCUUACAUUGAUGUUUCUAUACCCGAGGCAAAUUAUACGCUUGUCAGAAAUGCCUCGGACUCUUUGGGUUUCGAACCGCUACUGGGCCAAAAAGAUGACGUCCAGGGAGGUGGUACCAGGGGCCUCGCACCCGCGGGGGACCACCGCGUGCCCCUACCGGCCUACUAUGACGACGAAACCGGAACUAUCAGGGUGAACAUUGUCGGCAUGACCUGUCAGUCCUGCGUCAAUAAUAUACAGGGGGUGAUCGGAAAGAAACCGGGGGUGCACAAUAUUAAAGUAAAUCUAUCAGAAAAGUCUGCCCUAAUAACCUUUGACCCCCAUAAAACCAAUCCGCAACAAAUCUGCGACUGGAUAGACGAUAUGGGGUUCGAGGCCUCCCUUCCAUCACCGGAGGGUCAUCACCAAGGGGGCCCUAGCGAAUGCACCAUUCACAUCGACGGUAUGACUUGCAACAGUUGCGUUCAAACUAUCGAGGGGAUGCUUUCCACUUUACCCGGCGUACCUUUCAUAAAAGUGAAGCUGGAGGCUCGAGAGGCUUUGGUGCAUUACUUACCGGAACAAAUUAGUCCGGAGGCCAUAGCGAACCAGAUCGAGGAAAUGGGUUUUGACGCUCACGUCAAAAGUAUCAAUGGAAAGGCGGUUAGAAGAAAAGAGAAGGGUCUCCCCCCGGUGGCCAAUGGUAGCACUAGUAAAGACAGUAGCGAAGUCAACUUGGAGAAAUGUUAUAUCCAUAUCAAGGGUAUGACGUGUGGGUCGUGUGUGGCCGCUAUAGAGAAACACGUGCAAAAAAUACCCGGUUGUCACAAGAUUCUGGUUUCUUUAUUGUCUGCUAGGGCGGAAGUGCAAUUCGACCCGAGUCUAGUGACCCCACCGGACAUCGCGACCUCAAUAACCGACUUGGGAUUUCCCAGUUCGGUGAUGGUGCAAACCGGAGCCGGCCAAUCAGAGGUCGACCUCGAGAUCUUGGGAAUGACGUGCGCGAGUUGCGUCCACAAGAUCGAGUCGAGUGUGCAAAAAAUGCCGGGAAUCGUGAGCGCGCAGGUCGCGGUCGCUUUAAAAAAGGGCAAAUUCCGGUUCGAUCCGGAAGUGACCGGUCCGAGGGACAUCAUCGACGCGAUAAACAAACUGGGGUUCGAGGCGAGACUGUUUAAGAGGGAGCGCGACGAUCAGCGACUGCAACAGAGGGAGGAAAUUUUAAAGUGGAAACGGAGUUUUUUCUAUUCGCUUACGUUCGGGCUGCCCAGUAUGGUCGCCAUGAUGUACUUCAUGGUCGAAAUGUCCAGGGGAAAAUCGCACGAGGAGAUGUGCUGUGUGAUACCCGGUCUCUCGCUGGAAAACCUGAUAAUGUUCCUGCUGUCCACUCCGGUACUGUUGCUGGGCGGUCGCCAUUUUUUCAUCCAGGCGUACAAGGCGCUCAAACACCGCACGACCAACAUGGACGUGUUAAUCGCGAUGGCCACCUCCAUUUCUUACACUUAUUCGGUCAUUGUCGUAAUUGCCGCGAUGGUUUUGCAACAAAAUACGUCGCCGCAGACGUUUUUCGACACCCCACCCAUGCUGCUCGUGUUUAUCAGUUUAGGUCGAUGGUUGGAGCAUAUCGCGAAAGGCAAAACCUCGGAGGCAUUAAGCAGACUGUUAUCACUAAAGGCGACCGAUGCGGUGAUCGUCACUUUGGGACCCAAAGGAGAAAUCACCAACGAGCAGAACGUUAACGUUGAUUUGGUGCAACGGGGGGAUAUUUUAAAGGUGGUGCCCGGUGCCAAGGUACCCGUCGACGGGAAAGUUAUACAGGGUCAGUCGAUGUGCGACGAGAGUCUUAUUACGGGGGAAAGUAUGCCAGUACCGAAAAAAAUCGGUAGCACGGUGAUCGGCGGUUCGAUAAACCAACACGGACUGUUAAUACUCGAGGCGACUCAUACGGGUGAAAACACCACUUUAUCGCAGAUCGUUAAACUGGUGGAGGAGGCGCAAACCUCCAAGGCACCGAUACAACAUUUAGCCGAUAAAAUUGCCGGGUACUUUGUGCCAGCGGUGGUGGGCGUCUCCAUACUCACCCUAAUAAUCUGGUCGAUAAUCGGCGCGGUGGAUUUCGAUAGACUUCCGGUCAGCCAUCACGAGAAAGAGGGCUUCACUAAAACGGAAGUGAUUUUACAGUUCGUCUUCCGGUGCGCCCUGAGCGUUUUAGCGAUCGCUUGCCCAUGCGCUUUAGGACUGGCGACCCCUACGGCCGUCAUGGUUGGAACAGGUGUGGGUGCCUUAAAUGGGAUUUUAAUUAAGGGCGCGGGUCCGCUGGAAAACGCUCACAAGAUCAAAGCGAUAAUGUUCGAUAAGACCGGAACGAUCACCAAAGGUACCCCGGAAGUGUCUAGGGUAUGGAUGCAAAAUGACGGUUACGGUCCGGCCCUGAUUUUGGCGGCGGUCGGUUGUGCCGAGGGAAAUUCGGAGCAUCCGAUCGCGGCCGCCAUUUUGAAAUACGUGAGGGACGUUUUAGGGUGCGACGUUGGCGGGAGCAGUAAGAGUUUUCAGGCCGUUCCUGGUUGCGGCUUGAAAUGCACCGUCGGCGACCUCUCGUCUUCGAUAAAGAAUGCGAAAAACAGUCCCGAACUGGCCGCUUUUACCUCGCUAGUGUCCGCCGGUAGUUCCGGCAGUUUUAAGGUCAAAGGAGUGGACGUGGAGGUUUACCAAAGUCCCGACAUGCGACUGGGACAUCUGAUCGGGAUGGGCGACGCGCCCCAGGACAUGCGAUUGGGAGAAUACGAAGUGAUUGUCGGUAACAGAGAGUGGAUGAGGCGGAACGGUUUAAACGUCAACCCGGAAGUGGACAGAAAAAUGGUGGCCGAAGAGGAGGAGGGUCGAUCUGCCGUCCUAUGCGCACUCAACGGUGCAAUUGUGGCGAUGAUUAGUGUGGCGGACAUGGUAAAACCGGAGGCGCAUCUCGCCGUCUACACCCUCAAGAAAAUGGGCCUGGAGGUCGUUUUACUUACCGGCGAUAAUAGACAGACGGCCGCCAGUAUAGCCAGACAAGUUGGGAUUACUAAGGUGUACGCGGAAGUGCUGCCGUCCCAUAAAGUCGCCAGAGUACAACGGUAUCAAAACAGAGGAAUAAGAGUGGCGAUGGUGGGAGACGGAAUAAACGAUUCGCCGGCCCUCGCUCAGGCGGACGUCGGGGUGGCGAUAGCGGCCGGUACCGACGUCGCGGUGGAGGCCGCCCACGUCGUUCUGAUGCGAAACGACCUGCUGGACGUCAUCGCUUGUUUGCAGCUUAGCAGGAAAACCGUGAACCGGAUAAGACUGAAUUUCGUGUUUGCCAGCAUGUACAAUUUGUUAGGAAUCCCGUUGGCAGCUGGUGCCUUCAGUAUGGUCGGAUUCAUGUUGGCGCCGUGGAUGGCGAGUGCCGCGAUGGCCAUGAGUUCCGUUUCCGUGGUCGCUUCCUCACUAUUGUUGAAACUUUGGCGAAAACCGACCAGACGCGACCUCGAAACCGCCGAAUAUUUGGCGAGUCGUGACAAAUGCACCCUGGACGCCAUCUCGAUCCAUCGUGGACUGGACGAUAUCGAGAGUAUGGCCGAGGGCAGUCCCACCACCUUGUCUAGAGCUGAAAAAACGAGCUGCAAAUUUUUAGUUAAUCCUCAGGCUUGAAAAUAGUCUCUUGCGGUGAUUGGUUUGUCGUUCCUUGGAAAAAGCGGCAAAUCGUCAACUAAACAACGACUAUUAUCGGAGAGCGACGACAACCAGGUGGGAUUUAGCGGAAAAUCCCGAGAAUACGACGUGGAGCAGCCUCUCAUUUAAUCUUCCCUUUUUACAUUUUUUUUUAUGGUUUAGUUACUUAACCACGCCAUGUUUUUUUUUUAUAUUCCUUAUGUGAUUUUGAUAUAAUAAAGCUAUUUUUAUCAAGAAA